CUAAUUACAAUGAAAUGGAUAUACUUUAAUUCUUUCAAUUGACUUCUUGUGUGUAUGAAUUGAGAUCAAAAGGAAUGUGUAAAGUUUAUUCAGACUUGAGAGGUUUUUAGAUGUGGCUUUUGAACAUAUUAUUGCAGUCCAGAGUUUCUAAAAAAUGAGGGAAUCACAUCAAACUGUUUCGGUAUUUUGGUCAUACAAGUUGAUUUAAUUGUUUGGGCUUGAUUGUUGAACUGCAAAAGAUGGAUUGAAGCUAUGCUCAUGUUCAGGUUAAUCAAGCUUCUCGAGCUGAUCAAGGUAUCAGAAAUGAAGGUUGUCUAGCAUGAUUGUAUUGACUUGCCUAACAAUAGCCCUGGUGAGUAUUUCCAUGGUCAGAAUGAUUUCCCAGUCUCAUUUAUUCUUUCUCUGAAGCAUUUGUGCACGUUAGAGAAUCCCGAGAUCGACGUUGUCUUCAAACUUUUUUAUGAAAGGAUGACUCUAAAAUGACGAAAGAAUUCAUUGUCUUAAUGACGCCUUAUGCAAACUAUGCUAAAUGUGGGAAUGCGGUGAAGUUCACAAAGCAAGGCUAUGUAUCAGUUGUAGCUUCCAUUGCAAAACUAGAGUCUUUAGCGGAGUGGCAACCACCCGAUUUCCAUCCGGUCUUUAGCAAUGCCCACUUCUACCUGAGAGUGCAGGUUAAGGACUCUGGCUGUGGCAUACAGCCACAAGAUAUUUCUCAAAUAUUUACCAGAUUUAUUCAUCCUCGAAGUGGACCUAAUCGAGGUAGUGGCGGUGUAGGACUUGGACUUGCCAUUUGCAAAAGAUUUAUAAAUCUCAUGGGAGGUCACAUAUCUAUCGAGAGUGAAGGCCAUGACAAGGGCACCGACAUCACUUUUGUCGUCAAACUACAGAAAUGCAGCAAUGCAAAUGACUCGGCAGCACACAAGAUUACACCUAGAGCUCAGUCUAGUCAUGGUUUGUGCUGAUUUUGCUCGGCACAAACCUCACAGAGAUACUGACAGAACGGUCCCCUCAAACUCCCAGUAUCAAAGAAGUUUUUGAAGUCUCGAAUGCAAGUUGGCGUAUCCCAACGAGGUCUUCCCAAGAUAUCUUUUGGAUGAAAAAAUGGGUACUAACUGCGUAAUCCCUCUUCAUCUUGGAGGCCUGCACAUCUGAUACUUGAGUGAUACUUCAAAGCAUCAACUUUAUGUCUUGAUUAGAAAGGUCUCGAGGUUGUGAGUACGAAGUCAUGCAGGGAGGCCCUUCUAUUUUUUUGUAAGUAAAAGAGUUUUUGUAUGAUCCAGUAAUUGUCAUAUACUACCGUAGGCGGAUUGGGAUGAAUUCGCUAGAAUGCGAGGGACCCGACUCAAGUGUCCAAGCAGUCUUGUGAGUAUAACUUUUGACUGUUCCAGUAGAAUAACUGUUGAUCCCUGUACUCUCAGUUUUCUUGCGUCUGCACUUGCCCUACAUAGUCCUAGGAACCAGGUCCAUGAUGCACUCUUGUAUAGUUUGGGAUGAUUCCCAAUGAUGGAAAUUCACAUUCUCUA